UCAUUGGCUGUGCUUACGUGACGUAUUUCCGCUUCCUGUCCUGCUGCCCGGAAAUGCCCGUCAGCAGCUGCAGUGGAGAGGUUUGCUACUGUAAUAUGCAACUGUGAAAAGACCAAGCCAUGGCAGACCUGAAGAAGCCACCUACAGAUCCUGAGAGGUUUAUGUGCAUUUAUCCCGCAUACAUCAACAGUAAGAAGACAAUCGCUGAGGGAAGGAGGAUUCCUGUGGAAAAGGCUGUACAGAAUCCAACUUGUGUGGAGAUUGCAGACGUAUGUCGAGCCAGCAAGUUAAAUGUCAUUAUUGAGGGGGAUAAGAUGUACACACGUGAAUUGAACCGGGAUGUACAGUACAAGGGCCGAGUCCGUGUGCAGAUGAAGAACGAGGAUGGCUCUCCUUGCGUGGACAACAUUUUGUCAAGGAAAUUAUUGCUGCUUCGUGUGGCUGAAGAUAUCCCCAAAUUAAAGACUAGAACCCAGAAAACUGGAGGUGGAGACCAAACUGUCCAGGUAGAAGGAAGCAAGAAGAGUAAGAAAAAGAAGAAGUGAUGACUUGAUGCAUUGAAGAAGAAUCAGAGAUCUGGAUGACUGUACAGUUUAACAUCAAAAUCUAAACCCUUCAUAGUAAAUGGAGUGUCUCCAGACUCCACCACCUUUAUAAAUAUGACUCAUUUAGAACUGGGUAGGAGGAAUCUUAGUGUUUCAUCAGUGACUAUAACAUAUCGGGUAAUUUCUUAAAGAAGAACAUGCGACCGACAGAUAAAUCAAAAAAAAAAAAUGACGUUCAAAGGAUCUUGGCUGUAAUUCCCAUAACCUGCAACAGAACUGCAAAUGCACUAACCCUGUGUUAUUUCUUACGGUAUCAGCGCCAGGAAGACCAAAAAUUAGCUUUUUUUAUGGGAUGUUUUUUUGUUGCCUGUUGAAGAUCAGAGUAUUGAGUCUUGUCAGAUGCUUAGGGCUUUGUAGUUGCCUUACCAGUGACUGACAGCACAAGGAUAGAAAGAAACACUGAUUUGUUUGAAUUAAAGCACGUUAAUCUUA